UAAAAUGAUAUGGUAUAAGAUGCGAUGAGAACAGUUCAAGCUAAGCAGAAAGCGUCAGGAAAUACAGUGACAGUUGAGAUGUUUGUAAUUUUGUUAUCUACGCUCUGGUAAAUUCAGAUAAUUAUGUGACCAGCAACGAUAAACUAAAAACAUCGACUUCAAUUAUGGAAAUAUCCUUAUUUAUUUUUCAAAUAAUUUUCAAUGAAUGGUAACAUUUUUUUGAGACCCAAGAUUCAACAGCCGUUUUUUAGUUUUAUUUAUAGUAUAUUCCGUCAAAGUUUUUUGUUGUGACAUACUAUCCUCGAAUUUUGGGUGAAGUUCUUUGGAGUACUUCUUCGCAUGAUUAAUUUUUUCAAAACUUUGUCUUCGUACUCUUCCUGUGAUUUUUUGAAAUUCAGUAUCUACAGGUGUGUUAUACUGUUCAAUCUUUCCAUUUGAGUUAGUAGAAUGUUUUUUUGAAACAAGUGAUUGCAUGUCGAGUUUGUGAUUUUUAUUGAUGGUGUCAUCCGAAAUGAAGAUGAAAUUGUCAUCAUUUAAUUGACGCAUACGAAAUUCUCUCUUAUACUCAUUUAUAGGCUUUGGGUAAACUCUUCCGAGGCAAUCUUUGCCAUACAAAGCUUGCAUUCUAACUCUACGUGCUUCCUCCCGUAACUUCUUCAAGUAUAAACAGUUUCUAUUUUUCUGUUCUUGAAGGGCAGUCAUUAGUGAACUGUGAUAUAAUAAUGGUGUUAAGACUUCGAUCGAAUUACUCAAGUCUACAUACUCUUUGCGCACACCAUUAUUUGACAUUGACUGACACAUGUUCAAAAUAUAUUUCUAUUGUCCACCAAAAUCUGAUUACAAAUUACACAACAGGACUUUAUAAAUUCAUACCAAAUUCAAAAAAUAAAAUCAAAAAAGAAUGAAAGUUAGGGUACCUAAGAAUAAAACACAAUCGGUAAAAAAUGGAUGGAAAUUAACGACCUGAAGGACAAUGAAUAUAGGAAUAGCCCUCUUUUUAUUAAUAAUCAUGCCAAAUAUAGCAAUAAGUUUUGAUGUUAGCAAGAAACUGAAGAGUAAAUCUGAGAAACUAAAAAAGAAAAUGAAAGACCUAAUGGGCAAUAAAAAAGGUGAUGAAUUACUGUUGGAUAUCAAUGAACUUGAAUACCCUGGAGCAAAUGAAUCGCUGAGAGAGAUACACCGUAAACAGUGGUUGGAAUACUACGAAUGCUUGAAGGACAGAUAUGUGAAGGCAGGAUCUGCCAAAACAAUGUAUCCGAUAUCAAUUAUGGCCCUCGAGGGCACAUUUGUAGAAUUAGAAUGCAGUAUAUGUAUUUCACCGGCCGAAACACAUAUGAUUGAAUCAGUAGAUUGGUACUUCAAUAGCAGCAGAAACAGCAGCAAUGCCAAUGAGAUUGUGGAACUGACAGAACACACGCUAAUCUCACCAGAUGAUAAGAGUUUGCUGAUGUACAACAUCCAAGUAACCAAAGAAAACCCACCUAUAAAUUUGGUUGACCAAGCAGGCCAAUAUUGGUGCAAGCUAGGCAACACCAUAGCACCAUCAUACUUUGUACACGUGGAUAACGGUUCAGAACCAACCCAAACGGUUCGGCCCAAUGAGGCAUCGAAAGCUGCUCAUGCUUCACAGCCUACAAUCAUAUCACGCUGCAAUUUAAAAGCCUACUCUUCUUGGACAGAAUGGACGGAGUGUUCGACAUGCAAUAGAGUAGGAAAAAGAAUGAGAUAUGGCUAUUGUACUAUUUCAUUAAUUGAGUAUUCGGCAGAUGAACAAACUUUCGAUGGGAAUACGAGACGAUCGGGUACCCGUCCAAACUUUCACAUCAAUAAAAGAGAUGCUAAACUCACAGUUGAAGACGAUAUACCGAGAACAGAGAAGGAUUCAAACGAGAUAAUGGCUUUGGCAGAAGCCAUUCUCCCGGUAUUUAGAAACAAAUUGCCUUGCAGAUCAGAACAAACGCCAAAAGUGAUACAAGAUCUGGAAGAAAUAAAGAACCGUAAAACUGAAAUAAUGGUCCAAUUUUGCAAGGUAAAAUGCCAAAAAAAUGUCAUCUUUGAGGUACGUGAUGAAACCGGCGAAGUACUAGAGAGUGCAAAUAACAGCGCAGGUAUCUACUCGAUGCUUCAAGGAUACCCUGAACCACCACCAAUCACAACACGCAUAACAACUUACGAAAAACACGGUAAAAAAGCGACAUUGAAAUGUCCUGGUAAUCUCAAUACAGAUGCACCAGUUAUUUGGCAAAUAAGAAAUAAGAUAGUAAACCCAAUACUCAUAGCGGAGCAAACAAAAAACAGGAUUUACGUCAGUACGACAAAUGAGUUGAUAAUUAUGAAACUACUUUUUGCUGAUGCGAAUAUUUACAGUUGUUGGCAGACCGGAGAGCUAGCUGGUACUAUAAGACUGGAAGUAACACAAGAUAUAGAAAUUAAAUUUGAUCAUCACGUAUUCAUGGUUGGGGCGAUUUUAAUACUCAGCGUAUUUCUGUAUGUAUUUUGGAGAGCCUUUAAAGGUCGGAAACGUAUUACCAAACAUUAAUGCCUUGGAGUUGUGACCUAAUAGUGUUUCAAGAUAUUGUAGCUCAACUGUGGUAUAAAGUCACUAUUUACCGUUAGCAGAAUAAAAAAAAUUGAAAAAAAAAGAGGAAAAUAUUUACAU